GCCCCUUCCUCACAUCACCAGUGCGGAAAAAAAAGUCACAGCUGAGACAUUCCAGCCCAGUCUACUCUGAAUUACACAGUCAAAUAUCAACUAUCCACAGUUGAAGAUGGCCUCAACAAAGGAGAAACUCAUUGCUCACGUGAGCAAGGAGCAGCCUGCUGGGCCCACAAACAAGGUGACAGUGGUUGGUGUUGGAAUGGUAGGAAUGGCUGCCGCCGUCAGCAUCCUUCUCAAGGAUCUGACCGAUGAACUCGCCCUGGUGGACGUGAUGGAAGAUAAGCUGAAAGGAGAGGCUAUGGACUUGCAGCAUGGAAGCCUGUUUCUCAAGACGCACAAGAUUGUAGCGGAUAAAGAUUACAGUGUGACCGCAAACUCAAAAGUGGUUGUUGUGACCGCUGGAGCUCGUCAGCAGGAGGGUGAGAGCCGCCUGAACCUCGUCCAGAGGAAUGUUAACAUCUUCAAGUUCAUUAUCCCAAACAUCAUCAAGUACAGCCCCAACUGCAUCCUUUUGGUGGUCUCAAAUCCUGUUGACAUCUUGACCUAUGUGGCCUGGAAGCUGAGCGGUUUGCCCAGGAACCGUGUGAUUGGCAGUGGCACAAACUUGGAUUCUGCUCGUUUCCGCUACUUGAUGGGAGAGAAGUUGGGAAUUCAUCCAUCUAGCUGCCAUGGUUGGGUCGUUGGAGAACAUGGAGACUCCAGCGUUCCUGUGUGGAGUGGUGUGAAUGUGGCUGGGGUGUCCCUCCAAGCUCUAAACCCUGACUUGGGUACAGAUAAAGACAAGGAGGACUGGAAGAGCGUCCACAAGAUGGUGGUUGACAGUGCAUAUGAAGUUAUUAAGCUGAAGGGUUACACUUCUUGGGCUAUUGGAAUGUCUGUAGCUGACCUGUGUGAAAGUAUCUUGAAGAACAUGCACAAAUGUCACCCGGUUUCUACUUUGGUCAAGGGAAUGCAUGGUGUAAAUGAAGAGGUUUUCCUAAGUGUGCCUUGCAUUCUGGGUAAUAAUGGCCUGACAGAUGUCGUCCACAUGACCCUCAAACCAGAAGAGGAAAAACAGUUGGUGAAGAGCGCCGAGACCUUGUGGGGUGUUCAGAAGGAGCUGACCCUGUGAACCGCGGUCUCCUCCAAAAUGUAGCCACAAAUUGCAAACCUCAAUGAGUCCUGCCUAUCUGUCUCCUGACCUCAUAAACCUUAAUGCCUGUUAAGAUUAGGUAACUCCAUGUCACUCGCAGACCAUUAGAUAACACUCCUUGUGUUAGUGAUUUUAACUUCAAAGGGAUAAUUUAUUCCUGUUGUCUCUACAAAACAAUCAGCCUUAGUGAAAGUGUGUGUGUCUACAUGCAUAUUAUUGUCUAUUCAAGAAAGAAGCACUUGUAAGAUGUACAAUUGCAGACUCUCAUUGUAUUCCGUUCUGAGGUCAGCUAGCAUUCCGAACUUGCCUCCUGCAUCAAGCAAUUGGUCAUUUACCAACAAGCAAACUUCAUUGUAAUAUCAAUUCUAUGUUUUGCAUGUACAACAAAAUAGCUCUUUCGCUUUAAAUCUACAAUUAUUAUUUAUAAAAAUUUGAUAUCGACCUAAAAAAAAGAAUGGAAUAGUCCUUAUUUAUGAAAAAUGUAUCUGUUGAUUGAUUAAUACUUCUAUUUAUUAAAUGCAACAAUGUAUCUUACAAUGGGCCUAUAAAUAAUUUGUAAUUUCUAAAUUAAAUGGUUCAUAUUGUUUUAAAAAGGAUAAAGUUAAACAAAGUGACUUUAUAAACCAUCCUGAAUUUACAGUUGUAAUGGUUUAAUGAAUGGACAAAUAAGUUUCCAACAUGAGUGAAGUCCAUUGACCACCAUAGCAGAGCCUCUGAACAAAAAGAAAUUUUAUUUAUGAACUGCUUAAGGUAUUUGAAUAGAUGUUGACAAACAUGCUGAGAGUGCAUGUAACCAAACUCAAUAAGGGAAAUACAGUAGUGCAAAUGAUGGUAAUAACUAUAUCACCCCAACUACUCGUUAAGUCCACACUAUAUGUAUCAUCUGAAAAAAUGCUGUUGUCAGUGUAUUUUUUGUGUGUGUGUUUAUCAGAACAACAAAGCGCUCCUAUCCAGGUGGUAAAACACAGCAGUGGUUUUAGCUUUUACUUGAAAUGUGUGAUUGUAGAAUUAAGACACAGCCCGACUGAAUAAACAUUGUGACUAUCU